UCCUGGCAAUGAAUACAUGGCAAUGGAUCCUGACCAGUGGGAAGAGCAAGAUGACAUUUAUGAAAAUGGAGACACGUUUGGUGUUGAUAUAGGACGAAGAGAGGGUUUGCCAGUGCCGGGAGAAGUCCCCGUUCCAGCUAACAGGGCCGUCCUGCAAACGAAUCAAACCGCAAACAAUCUAAAGCCCCCCAGACUCCCUCUGCCUCACAGGUACAUGACUAUUAGAUGGCCUCCACUGAAUGGAAACAGAGGACCUGGGAAAAAAGACCAAUUAGCGCUCUUCAGGAAAAUCACGGUGGGGCUGGUCUUGCUGUGCAUGCUGUUACUUGGAGUGCUGGUUGGCCUGAGCAUUGUCUAUUACCCACUAGCAGGGAUCCAUCUGAAAAUGACUAAAGAAAUGCAAAUGCUACAAGAAGAGAACCAGAAACUGCAGAAAGGAAAUGACAACAGUUGGUGUAAGACAAUCUACCGCAUUUCCAGCACCGGGGACUCUGGCUUUCUCUCAGCAAAAAAUCUGUAUGUCCUAAAUUAUGAAAUUCUUGAGGAGCACAUAAGCAACAGUUCAUUCUUUCUGUUUUACACCAGCAUGAAUAAUGGCUCGUGCCAGCCCAACUACAAAUGGCACUGCACAUGUUAAUUUAAGGCCAUUGGUGACCAGGUUUCAACCCCCCUGUGUAUAAGCAACGUAUUCACAAUGUAGCAGAAAAACACGGGACACGUAAUAAAUAAUUUCAUGACUUUCUCUAAGUUGGAAGUUAUAUUGAAGUUUUUGUAGUACAAGUGCAACAGAUGAUUUGCUUACAUAUUUACUGUGUAUUAUUAAUUGCCGCAUUCUAAUAUAUAUUUUAGUAUUGUAUGUUUAUACAUGUUUAACUACAUGCAUGUGCUGUAAGUAGACAUAGGCUGGUGAGAGUUUCUCAUGAUACAUUAACCUAGAGUAAAAAUACCACAUUUAUAUGCUAUUUACUGAAAAACCUGAAACAUAAAUGUACAAAAACAGAAUAGAAAUAUUCUUUAUUGACCCACAGUGGGGAAAAGUAAGUGUACCAGCUGCAAUGUGAAAGGCAAAUGGAAGCAUGCAAAUACACACAAAAGUAAAAGAAAUCCCUUGACAUGAUGUAAUUACUGUUAUUUCAAACAGAAAUCCUUCUGUCAAAAUUAUAUAACAUAUGAAAUAUUACAAUUAUAAAAAUGUAAUCAAUACUGUUUACUUACUGAUAUUAGAACCUCGACAUAUAAGAAAGAUAUAGAAUAAAUACUUGUUUUUUCAGGGCUCAUUAGACUGAAUGUAAAACAUUUUAGCAACACUGAUCUUUAUAACACAAGUAACACUAGUAUAACAAGUAGCCGUCUUAAUAGAAAUGCCAAUCAUAGCUUGCCAACUGCUGCAUUAAAACAUUUGUCUUUCCUGCACCUUAGGGGAAAAAAUUUAAUACAGCAAGUACGCAGUAAUAGGGUGGGGAGGGCACUGUGUGACUAUAUAUCUAAUAGAGCUGCAGAAAGAUCUGGUCACCUGAGCACUCUGUCGGACAUUGAAGAGCAUGAAAUGUGAAACAGAAAAAAUUGCAGUUUGAAAUCAUAACUAUUGAAAACCUCAGCACACUUUGGUACUGGUAACUGGCCCAUGAUGCCUAUAGCUGGAAGGUAUGCUCAUGCAUCUAAACAUUGUC